UUUUUCGUGGGGUGAUAGAAAAGUUGAUAUGUAUAAAAAUUAAUGGUUUGUUAUUAUUACUAGAAGUCAUGGUUAAGCCGGAUACUAUGAUUUAAUGAAUUUCAAGAAAAGAUAGCCAUUUAGAAGAAAUACUCAUGAACGUGAUCGGAAUGUCGAUCAUUUUGGCCAAAAUUAACGAUGUACUAAUUCUGGCCAAACUUGUAGUUCUAGCGAAAUUAAAAUUAAAAAUUAAUCCGGAUGAUUUUCUAGUUUCUACCCAUCGCGAAAAUUUUUUUUCAGUAAAAAUGUUCAAAACACGGUCGUUUUGUUUAUAUAAACAGUUGGCACAAUUAAUUAUACAGAAGCGAUAUUUUACCUCGGCAAGUUAUAGCAACAGAACAUGUUUGUCAAAAAUAUUUCUUCCAACCACAAAAAACGUAUCAAAUAUAAAGAGUAAACAGAAACAUGAGCAAGAGGAAAAUAUUAUUUGUGAGAGUUACCGUCUCAUGAUUCGCGCUGGGUUGAUAAGACGGUCCUCUUCAGGAAUGUAUUCGCUCUUACCACUAGCUUUACGUUCACUUGAUAAAAUAGAAAGAAUAAUAGAUUUUGAAAUGACAAGUAUUGGUGCACAAAAAUUAUCUCUCUCUAUCCUGUUAAGCGCUAGUACUUGGAAACAGACAGGACGUUGGAAGUCAGCUGGUAGCGAGCUAUUUCGUCUCAAAGAUAGGAAAGGGUCGGAAUAUUGCCUCGCCCCAACACAUGAAGAAGAAAUUACUCAACUAGUCGGACACGAAAUUGCGUCAUACAGACAACUUCCAUUACGAUUAUACCAAAUAGGUAAAAAAUAUCGAGAUGAAAUGCGUCCUCGUUAUGGCUUACUUCGCGGACGGGAAUUUAUUAUGAAAGAUUUAUAUACAUUUGACACUAGCGAAGAAGCAGCCCUAAGAACAUACGAGGAAGUCUUGAUUGCAUAUAAAAAUAUUUUUAAUAAGAUUGGAGUUCCUUUUGUUAUUGCAGAUGCAGAUUCAGGAAAUAUUGGAGGGACUAAAUCACACGAAUUUCAUUUUUUAUCUCAAGUUGGAGAAGAUAUGAUAUUAACUUGUUCAAAUUGUGGAUAUUCAGCGAAUGAAGAGAGAGCAUAUGGUUCUCUUCCCUUAACAAAACAAGCAGGAAAUGGAGUUAAUAAGAAACCAAUAUUUAACUUUGGAAUUAGCAAAAAUAAUAGGCUCAUAAUCUGCAUAUUAGGAUCCGGCUAUGUUCUAAACGUAUUUAAAUUGAAAGCCGCUGCGAGUGAGAAUUCUUUUGAAGAUAUUCAAAUAGUGAAUGAUAUUAAAGAUAUUCAAAUUAAUAAUAAUUUCAAUGAAAUUGAUAUUUAUAUCGACAUUACCUUUCAAACAAAUUUACCCGAUUUAGAAUUAUUUUUGUCUAACAAACUGUUUGAUGAAAAUAUAUACAAAUUAAUACAAAGUAAUAAACAUAUUAUCACUAUGCAUCAUGGCGACUUUCAUAAUACCUCUCCAGGUGAUGGAUGUCCUAUAUGUUCCAUGUCUUCGGUCUCACAUAAUAAUCCUCUUAUUGGUCAUAAUGCUAUUGAAGUUGGUCACACUUUUCUCUUAGGUACGAAAUAUUCAGAACCUUUAAAAGCUACAUUUGCACCUGAAACUCCUCAAAAUAUGGGAGAACUUAGGCCGAUUCAAAUGGGUUGUUAUGGUAUUGGGAUUUCAAGAAUGCUUGCUGCGAUUAUUGAAUCCUCAUAUGAUGAGCAUGGCAUAAUCUGGCCAUCAUCUGUUGCACCUUAUAGAGUUUGUAUUAUCCCAAAUUCAGAUGAACCACUAAUACAACAAGCAACACGGAAUUUAUUCGAUUUAUUAACUUCAAUCAGUCAUGAAUUGAACGGUGAAGUGCUUAUUGACGAUAGAACAAAUUUGUCUUUAGGUUACCGUAUAAAAGAUUCAGAAUUAGUUGGUUAUCCAUGGAUGAUGAUAUUAGGGAAGAGAUUUUUAGAAAGCGGAAGAGUUGAAAUACAUGAAAGACGUACCAGGAAGAUUCUUGAUGUAAAUUUUGAUGAAAUAAAAAAUAUUUUUUUAACAUAAAUAUAUAGUAAAUUAUUCAGCUUUACCUUUUUUUACCUAAAUUUUGAAAUGAUAGCCUUUUAAUUUAUUUCCCACUUUAAAUGUCAAUAACUUUUACUUUUUAAAUUUCAAAAUUAAAAAAAAGACUAUCCCUUAAACCAUAAGCAAUUGCAGGCAAAUUUGCCCACAAUUUUACCAAAAUUUCAACUCUCAUCUAAUUUUAUAAAAAAUAAACAAUUUUAAUAAAAUUUUUUCCAAAAUAGUUUAAAAUAUAUUGUGCAGCAAUUAUUAUCAUUUAUUAAUUAUAUAUUAGAAAAUCGAAAAUUACCCAUUGGUCAAAAGUUGUAUUUUAAGAUAAUCACAAA